AUGGAGAGUCUCCAGCUGGCGCAGAUGCUCGCCGACUUGAGCAGCCUCAACGCGGCGGAACCCAAUGCAGCAGCAGCUCUCGUGACGGCGAACAAGGCGAUCGAGACGGUUGAAAAGACCAGCGGCGGCGUCGUCCCCAAGCGACCAACCGACGAACUCCGCCGCGCGCACUCUUCCCAGACAUCACGCCCAGGCACAGGCACCGCGACGCCCGCCCGCGUCGACAAAUUCGGGCGCCGUAUCAUGAUGAGCCCGCCCAUGCUCUCGCGGUCCAACUCGGCCCAGGGUUCUGUUCCCGGCACGCCCAAGGGGGUUUCUGACGUACAUCACCCCCUUCGUCACCCUUACCCCCACCACUUCCUGGAGGUCCCGGGACAGGAGACGAGAGCUCACACGAUUGCGCAACAGGGCGAAGACGAUUUGGACAGGGCUUCGACGCUGAUGGCUUUGUACGAGAUCCGCGCGAAGCUGAAGCAGCAGGACAACAGCAGCUUGAUGAAGGCGAGGGAGAAGAUUGCGGACCUCGCGCAGAGGCAGCAGCAACAGCAACAAGGCGGAGCGGGCAAGAAGGAACCCGAGAAGAUCACCUCCAGGUUUACGUUUCCCAAGUGA